AUGAACAUUGUCUACAAGCCUGGAAAAGACAAUCCAUCUGACUACCUGUCAAGACAUCCAUUGAAAGAUGUUGGUAACGAUAGAAACCUAGCAGAGGAAUAUGUGAAUUUUAUCGCUGAAAGAGCUGUUCCAAAUGCUAUGACAUUAGAUGAGGUAAAAUCAGCAUCGAUAAGUGACAGUACAAUAAGAAAGGCUAUUGAGCUUACAGAAAAUGGAAAAUGGUACGAAAUAAAGACACUAAGUGAUCUAAAAAUAAACAAAGAAGAAUUAUCUGCACUUAGAAGUGUGAAGGAUGAACUGAGUGUACACUGUGGAACUGUACUAUUGAGAAAUGACAAGAUCGUUAUGCCUAAAUCGUUAAGAGCGCAGGCUAUCAAACUGGGCCACGAAGGGCAUCAAGGGGUCGUGCGAACCAAGAGCUACAUACGUUCAAAAGUCUGGUUUCCUAAUUUGAACGCUGAUAUCGAAACAGCAAUAAAAGGUUGUUUGGCUUGUCAAGCAAAUACAAAGGAACCGAGAUCAAGAGAACCACUGAGAAUGUCGGAAAUGCCAUCAGGCCCAUGGAUGAAUUUAAGCGCGGACUUUUGUGGACCGUUACAAACUGGGGACUAUUUAUUAGUUAUCGUUGAUGAAUAUUCACGUUAUCCAAUUGUGGAGAUAGUCAAAUCAGUAUCGGCGAACACUGUCAUACCAGUGUUGGACAAAAUAAUAGCAAUGUUCGGGGUACCAACAGUGAUCAAAACGGAUAAUGGCAGUCCAUUUAACAGUAAUGCAUUUUCAGAUUAUGCAAAAUACUGUGGAUUUAUUCACCGAAAAAUCACACCUAGGUGGCCGCGGGCAAAUGCUCAAGCAGAGUCUUUUAAUAAGCCCCUAAUGAAAUGCAUCAAAUCUUCACAUGUAGAAGGAAAGAACUGGAAACAGGAGUUAUUCCGUUUCUUACGCCAAUACAGAGUGACGCCACAUACGUCAACUGGUUUUACGCCGUUCCGUUUAUUGUUUCAGCGGGAACCAUCAACGCGAUUACCAGAUAUCGCAAAACCAGAACAAGAUGUUAGAUUAGACGAACUCGCAAGGCGUAAUGACGAGAAAUCAAAAUCCCACUCGAAAGAGUAUGAGGACAGAAGGAUUAGGGCAAGGGAACGUCACAUCAACAUUGGUGACAAAGUGCUACUGCGAAAUGAGACACCGUCUAAGUGCUCUACGCAGUUCAAACCAAUGCCAUAUACGGUUACAGAAACAAAAGGACCUAUGAUCAGUGUAAAAUGUGAUUCAGGACAUCGAGUUACACGUAAUUCGUCUUUUAUGAAAAAGGUUGAACCAUCAUUGGACACCUCCAACAUGGAUAUGAAUAAUAAUGACGAUGAUCUUGGGGAUGAUCUGAUCGAUAAUGAUGGUGGUCAAAAUACGACGGAGGUUCACACCCGACCAACUAGGGAACGACGACCUCCGACUUAUUUGAGCGACUAUGUGCGGAGUGUUGAUAAUAAGGUUUCAUAG